UUGUGGCUUCAUCGUAACUUAUCAUUGAUUUAUCAAUCUGUUCGGCAACCCAGUCGAUCGAAUAGUCAACCAGGCACUGAACUUGUGUACACAGUUUCCUCACUUAAUCAUCUUAUGGUCGGGUAAAGUAAAUCAAGUGUAAAGGCAAACAGAGGAACCAGACACAUGGCCAAAGUCAAUGACAUCGGGCAAAUAGCGUAAGAUAAGGAGCAGAGUGCCAGGUCGGACAACUUGUUGACCUAGUAGCAAUCAGCUAACAGGCUGGAACAGCUGUUAGCCACCCACCAGACACCAUGUCUCGCCGUCUGACAGAUAAUCAGUGAGAGCGAAACCAGUUCCUAUAUCGAUUGGUAUUAACGGCAUGCUGCUAAACCAUUCAGAACUUAACGCGCUCGGAUUAAUGCUAAUAUUGAGCGUUGGGAAGUGCAAAUAGUUUUGGAUUGGCGCCUGAUAAAGGCCCGAUAAGAAGCGUAGAACUCGCGGCAUGGAGAAGAGCAGACAGAUUAAAAAUAGAAACGCACGAGAGACGCGUAAUCGGAAAGAGCCAUGCGAGCCAUGCGAGCGUCGAGUCAAAACACAGCGAACUCAACCAUUUGGUGUGGUUAAAUCAGUCAAUGAGUGGCACUGCUCCCAGCGAGACGCUCCAGAGCGUCUAUAAAUAAGGCCGAAAGCUAACGGGGCGAAAAGAUCGCGGGCCGCGAGUUAUAAAACACCGAUUAAAAGUGCAUUCUACCACGUGUCUAACGGGCACUUCAACUGAAUACCAUCAUGACCAGCCAAAAUGGAAACGGCAGCUCCCCGAGCAGUGGCAAAGCCAAUGGACAUGCCGACACGGACGCGACGAUGGCAGGUGGGGAUGACGACAACUCUCUGGAUGCCAUUCUGGUGAGGAUCGGCCAGUUCGGGCGCUAUCAGAUCAUUAACUAUGUUCUGCUGUGCAUUCCCAUGCUCUUCAACGCCUUCUUCUCCAUCUCCUAUGUUUUCUCGGCGAGCACAGUGGUUCACAGGUGUAACGUCCCGCAGUGCGAUAGCUCCGGCAGUGUGUACGAGGAGAGCUGGCUAAAUUUCACUAUCCCUUACAAGAACUCCUGGGAUGCCUGCCAUCGCUACGCUGUCAACGAGACUGAGCUAUUCACUGAUCCAUCCGGGCCCUACUGCGACGAGCAGUACUUUACUAAUAAAUCGGAGACCUGCGGACACGACUUCAAGUUCAGGGAUGAGGAGAAGACUAUAUCAACGGAGUUCGGAAUAUAUUGUGAAGACGAAUGGAAGCUCUCUUUGGUGGGCACCAUAAACAAUGUGGGCCAGUUUGUGGGCAUACCGCUCGGAGGAUUCUUUGCGGAUCGGUUUGGACGACGCACUAUGCUAGCCGUAGCCGGAUCCCUGAGCGCCUUGAUGGGCGUGAUCCGCUCUUUAUCGAGCAACUACCCCAUGUUCCUGGUGUUCGAGUUCCUAGACAUGGCUGUGGGCAGCACCCUUUUCCCCACCGCCUUCCUGCUGGCCAUCGAGCUGGUGGGCCCGAAGCGUCGAGUGGCAGCGGCCACGAUUAUCACGAUCUUCUAUGCACUGGGAGAGGCCUUCCUCGGAUUCCUGGCCUCCCAGGUGCAACACUGGCGCUGGCUGCUCCGGGUGCUCUACGCCCCGGCAGUGCUACAGAUCCUUUUCCUUUGGAUCCUGCCGGAGAGUGUUCGCUGGCUCCUGAGCCAGGGAGCCGAAGAGCGGGCCGCCGCCGUUCUGCGACGCGCUGCUCGGAUCAACAAGCGAUCCCUGCCCGAGGACCAGGUGGAGGAGCUGCUGGCCACCAACCGACAGAAGCUCAGCCAGGCCAAUGAGAGCCAGUACCCGAUCAUGCGAGCCGUGCGAUUCUUUUCGUUGCGGAUUGCCAACUGUUGCCUUUGCUGGUUCACGCACACGUUGAUCGCACUGGGACUGAGUCUGAACUCGGUUAACCUGGGCGGCAACAAGUACACCAACUUCAUGCUGAACGGCUUCAUCCAGAUCCCGGGCCUUCUGCUGCCCCUGGUCAUAAUGGAUCGCGUUGGCAGGCGCUACUCGCUCUGCGCCUCGAUGCUGCUCUGUGCCAUUUGCAUGGGCGCCUCCGCGGGAGUGCCAGCAGAUAACUACGCGGGUUCCCUAACCCUGUUCCUAAUUGGAAAGCUAGCCAUUACCUGCAGCUUCCAGAUCCUGUAUUUCUUCACGUCGGAGAUCUUUCCCACCAACGUGCGGAACAGCCUGUUGUCCCUCUGCUCCAUGGUGGGACGCAUCGGAUCCAUGUUGGCACCCCAAACUCCUCUACUGGCUAAGUACUAUAUCUACGCCCCGCAGAUACUAUUCGCUACCUUUGCUCUGAUCAGCGGCAUCCUCACCUUGGCUUUUCCCGAGACGGCGGACAAGGUGCUUCCAACAACCAUGGAAGAGGCACGAGACUUGAAUCUAGCCAAGCGCCGAGGUCAGGGGGUCGCGGGGGAAGAGCUGCGCGAGGGACCUAAGGAGGACCCAAUAAUGAUCUAGGAAUGGGAACGGUAAAGAAGCUAAAAGAGGCCAAAUAUGUGUUAGAUUAAGUUAUAGGCACUGCAUUUGUUGAUUUUUAUAAAGUUUUUUAUUUAGUUAAGAUACAUAGCCGAUUUUGUUGUGAGACGAAAAGUUCUCCACGUCAAAUUUUAUCCGUGAUAUAAUGUAUGCACGUUGCCUUUUUAGCUUCUUUUAAAAUUGUAUAAGUUAGAAAAAUCUGUAAAUGUCAUUAUCUUGUUUAAGUAUAAAGGUGAUAAAAUCGGUCCACUAAUGGCAGGGAAAGAAAUAAUACUUUGUCAUAAAAAAUGUAUUUUGUUUUCUUUUAUGGCGGAUUGGAUUUACGCCUUUACGACUCU